AUGUCUUACCGCGAUAACCAGGAAUACGGCAGUGGCGGCGGCGGCGGUGCUAGCAACAGCUACUACAACAGCAACGAGGAUUUCUCCGGCCGUAACAACAACAAUAACAACAACAACUCUUACGGUGGCUCCAGCGGUGGUUACGGCAACUCCAACGAGGGCCGCUCCAACGAGGGUUACGGAAACCAGAACCAAGGUCAGGGUUACGGUGGCCGUCAAGAAUCCCACGGUAGCGGUGGCUACGGUAACAACAACAACAACAACAACAACGACUCCUACGGUGGAUCCAGCGGUGGCUACGGAAACUCCUCCAACGACGGCUACAACCCGAACCAAAACCAGAACCAGGGCAACUACGGCGGCCGUCAGGAAUCCCACAACAGCGGUGGCUACGGAGGCAACAACAACAACAACAACUCCUCCGGCUACGGCAACAACUCCUCCUCCAACCACCACUCUUCCCACAACAACAACGACGACGAUGACUUCAGCAGCGCCGCCUCGCACGCACAGGAGAACCACAGCAGCGAAGACAAGUCCCUGUUCAGCACUGCUUUGAACUUCCUCAAGGACCGCCAGAGCUCCGGCGGCGAUAUCGACGAGCAGCAGGCGGCUAAUGCCCACCAGGCCAUGUACGGCUCCGGCAGCUCGUCGAACCAGCAGCAUGAUUCCAGCACCAUCGGUGCUGGUGCUGCGAUGCAGGCUUUGAAGAUGUUUACCGGUGGAAACAGUGGUAGCAGUGGAAGCAGUGAUGGUGGUAUGGAUAAGAACAAGCUUAUUGGCCUUGCUAUGGCUCAGGCUGGGAAGUUGUUUGAUGAGAAGAAUGGAUCUGGGGGUAAUGUGUCCGGUGAUAAGCAGUCCGCUGUUAACUCUGCUGCCGAGAUGGCGCUUAAGAUGUACAUGAAGAAUCAGGGUGGUGGCUCUGGUGGUGCUGGAGGACUUAUGAGUCUUGCUAGCAAGUUCUUGUAA